UCAUUGAUGCGUACGCUGCAGACAGAGCUGACUUUCGCUCUCUUUUUGUGGGUUACUGUAAUUUUAGGUCAGGCAGCCCGACAUUGGGUCCUUUUAGCACUACGAUUUUUUUUUUUACUCGUCUGCUAGUCUUGGAGCAUCACCCAACUGCAGCCACGAUGACGGAGGCGGAGGCGUUGGAGAAGAAGCAGCACAAGUCAAGCAACGGGACCGUUCUUUCAGAGGCACCCAGAGAAGACGCGUUUGAUCACACAUACAAGGAUAAAGAGGGGCCCAAACCUCCUAUGAUCAUCGUAUGGAGAAAUGUCAUAUUGAUGAGUCUGUUGCAUAUAGCAGCCCUGUAUGGCAUCUUCCUCAUCCCUUCAGCAUCUCCUCUGACCUUGCUUUGGUCCGUAUUUUGUUUUUUGAUAAGUGCUCUAGGAAUCACCGCGGGCGUUCAUCGUCUGUGGAGUCACAGAACCUACAAGGCUUCGUUACCUUUGAAGAUCUUUCUCGCUUUUGCUAACUCCAUGGCAUUUCAGAAUGAUAUCUUUGAAUGGGCUCGAGACCACAGGGUUCACCACAAAUACUCUGAGACAGAUGCCGACCCUCACAACGCCACCCGAGGCUUCUUCUUUGCUCACAUUGGUUGGCUGCUGGUGCGUAAACACCCUGACGUCAUCGAGAAAGGACAGAAGCUGGAGCUCAGUGAUCUGCUGGCCGACAAAGUUGUAAUGUUUCAAAGGAGGCAUUACAAGCUGUCUGUUCUGCUCAUGUGCUUCUUUAUUCCGACGUUUGUGCCUUGGUACCUGUGGGGAGAAUCUCUGGUGGUGGCAUAUUUCAUCCCGGCUCUGCUGAGGUACACUGUGGUUCUGAACGCGUCAUGGCUGGUCAACAGUGCGGCUCACAUGUGGGGAAACAGGCCAUACGACAAGAACAUCAACCCCAGGGAGAACAAGUUUGUCACUUUCAGCGCUAUAGGUGAGGGAUUUCACAACUAUCACCACACGUUCCCCUAUGACUAUGCAACCAGUGAGUUUGGCUGCAAGUUGAACCUUACAACCUGUUUCAUUGACUUUAUGUGCUUCUUGGGCCUGGCCAAAGAUCGCAAGAGAGUCUCCCGUGAGGUGGUCCUGUCUCGAAUACAGCGUACUGGCGAUGGAAGCCAUCGUAGUGGCUAAGAUUGCAGAAUUGUUGUUAGCUUCAAGGUGAAAGAAUCAACAGGAAGAAGAUUAACAAUCCUUUGACAGCUAUAUAAUUUCUCAUCCUCUGAGAACAAACGUCAGCUUUAUGAGGGCCUUGUACACAUUUAGCUUGUUUUUUUGUGUUUUUCGUAGCUGUAACUAAAAUUGUUCAAGAUGAAAAAAAAAAGACCAAAACAUGCUUUGCUAAGCUCUUUGCUGUCAUUUGUAUUGUUUAUCCUGGUCAGGGACUCGCAAAUAUGUUUCAGUUUUGAAGUAGAUGCUUUUUAAAAAGACGCCUUCAUUCUUUGCUGGUUUUGCCAUGUUGGUGAGCAUUUUUUUCAUGCAAGAUCAGUCAUGUAGCCGAUCAUUUUUACACAUAUAUUACUCGAUUAUUAGUCAGAAACUUUGAGAAGUAGAUAACUUAAAUGUGGAUUGAGAUUUCAACUUUUCCAUUUCAAUAUCAAUUGGAGACUGUUGCCUUUAUUGCAGUUUACAGCAAGUUUUUUAACAAUUCUGAUAUAAAGAAUAACUUUAAGAGCACUUACUAUGUGGGAUGGCUAAGAGUUGGGUCUUUUAUUUUGUUAACAAAACUGAUAGGCUUUAAUGUUAAAUAGCACAUAACGGAAGAGAGAGGGAACCCAGACCUUAUUAAAGCAUGACCAUACAGACGCAGGUAAUGCAGAGUGCUCUGCUUUGUAACGGGGUUGCUUUCUGCAAAAUCACACCAAAUGUGUAGAAAAGUCAAAGCACUUGGAAAAAGAUUAACGUGCUAUAUUUAGCCCGUGUAAUAAUCGGAUGGAGUAUUUGUCAUGACAGGGCCACAUUUAACAUCAGAUUAAAACUCCUGUUUAAUCUUAACAGAAGCAUGCGGUAUAGCAUUAUUAUUUUUAAAUAUAUAUAUAUAUAUAAUAGUGCCAAAAGUGUGCCAGCCGUCAACAUAUUUACAACCAUGUCUACGGUCCAUUAGAGUCCAUAUUGCUCAUUUACACAUGAUUGUGGAAGUUUUUUUUCCUUUUAAUUGUUUCAGUGGCUUUUGCUUCCCAAAUUUUAUCCAACCUGUCUCUUUAUUGUCCCAAAACAACUGUAGCAGACAUUUCAUUGGUCCACGCAGCAGCCAGUCAUGUGACAGUUCUGGUGAUAACUUGCCACCCCUGCAUGGCGAUAUUCUGUAGUAGGUGUUGUAGUGAGGUGAUGUGUCGGUGCCUGUCAUGGCAGAGCUGUGUCUAUUUUUGUACCAUGGAGCUGCGUCACUUUCGGAUCAUCAGAACUGUUGCCGUGGUGAUUUCUGACAAGGUCUGGUAUCCCUUUGGUGUCCUGCAAAAGGGGAUUGUAAUUUUGAAAUUUUAGGUGCAUCGAUGUUCAUGUAUAUCUGCUGUUCUGGUAUGUGGAAUGCUUCGAUUUUCAAGUAUUUAUUUCUUGUGUUUUUGUUUUCUUUCCUCUUGACUAAAAACAUGUUUUAACCUGAUAUUUCUGUGUUUCAAUAUUUGGCAGAUCAUUUGGUAAAUUUUAUGUAAAUCGAACUGCAGCACCUAUUUAUCUCUCCCCAACAGUCAGGAUAUAACCUAAUGCCUUAUGACUUGCACCCAUUCCUUCACAUCUCAUUAGUUAACACAAAAAGGAUCAAAUAGACUACAAAAGAAAAAAAAUCUGACUCAUGGGGGUUUCCAAGCUGAAAUGUCAGGUGGAACAUGGUUUUUGUUUUUAUAUGUUUAAUUCAGGCAAUUGGUAGCAUGACUGUAAAUGCAAAUCAUAGAUAAAAGGAUGUUUUUAAAAAAAAUCUGAUACAAACGGGUGCAAAUGCUCAUUUGUGAGAUUUAACUUGCAAACUAUGGGCCCUGGUGGAUAGAAGAAGUAGAAAUGCUGUCAUGAGGAAAUUCAACAUUAUCACAAGCCAUCCAAACAACUCCUACUAGAGCGCCAAAAUCAGCAUUUUCCCAGCGAUGAAGGGGAUUAAAAGGCUUUCUGUCUGAACACAUUAAAUUAUAACUAUGUGCUGUACUGAAAUAAAAUUCACAAUAUUUUCAUGACACUCUUAA